AUGGGGAACACCAUCAGGGCCCUCGUGGCCUUCAUCCCUGCUGAGCGCUGCCAGAACUACAUGGUCGGAGACCUCCUAGAGAUGCCGCUGGACAGGAUGGUGGACCUCAGCGGGAGCCAGCUGCGCCGCUGCCCUGUGCACGUGUGCUCCUUCAGGGAGCUGGUCAAGCUCUACCUGAGUGACAACCACCUCAACAGCUUGCCUCCGGAGCUGGGGCAGCUACAGAACCUGCAGAUCCUGGCCUUGGACUUCAACAACUUCAAGGCUCUUCCCCAGGUGGUAUGCACCUUGAAACAGCUCUGCAUCCUCUAUCUGGGCAACAACAAGCUUUGCGACCUCCCCAGUGAGCUGAGCCUGCUCCAGAACCUCCGGACCCUGUGGAUCGAGGCCAACUACCUCACCCAGCUGCCAGAUGUGGUCUGCGAGCUGAGUCUCCUUAAGACUCUGCAUGCCGGCUCCAAUGCCCUGCGUCUGCUGCCAGGCCAGCUCCGGCGCCUGCAGGAGCUGAGGACCAUCUGGCUCUCAGGAAACCUGCUGACCAACUUCCCCCCAGUGCUGCUUCACAUGCCCUUCCUGGAGGUGAUCGACGUGGACCGGAACAGCAUCCGGUACUUCCCCAGCCUGGCCCACCUGUCAAGCCUGAAGCUGGUCAUCUAUGACCACAAUCCUUGCAGGAACGCACCCAAGGUGGCCAAAGGUGUGCGCCGUGUGGGAAGAUGGGCAGAGGAGACACCAGAGCCUGACCCCAGAAAAGCCCGGCGUUAUGCACUGGUCAGAGAGGAAAGCCAGGAGCUACAGGCACCUGCCCCAUCUCCCCCAGCCCCUCCUAGCAGCUCCUAAGGAGCUUCACCUGUAGGUCAAUGACAAGUAUGUUCCAGAGACCUCUCCAUUAGAGCAGAAAGGAUUGCUCUGGGUCCUCUGGGGUGGCUCUGCCAGUAGAGGCUGAUGGAGAGCUAGGUAAAAUGCCAUAGCCACAUCA